UAUACAUAUGAAAAGAAAAAAAAUUACAAAAACAGAAGAAUACUGUAACCUCACUUUUUACGAAUUAUGUCAUAAAUUUAAGGAAAAUGUCUCAAGUAAAAUUAUUGGGUCAACUUUGCGAAAAAGUCCUUCGUAGACAACAAUCUUAUCGUUGUGGUGCCAGAUGUAUGUCUGAUUGGGUGCCCCAAGAAAAGGAAACACACACUGGACAGAAAUGGGACAAAGACGAUUACAGAUUAUCCAGGUUUGUUAACAGGCCGAAACACGUAAAUCCCAAUUUCGCUAUUAAACUAAUAGAUAAAGUCGCACCGAUUCCCAAGAAGGAACGAGUGGUAUGGUGCGAUGGUGGCAGUGGCCCCACUGGUCAUCCAAAAGUCUACAUUAAUUUGGAUAAACCCGGAAAUCAUACAUGUGGUUAUUGUGGACUGAGAUUUGUUAAAGAAGAAAGUCACUAA